AUGGAGUAUAUUUCUAAAUUCACUGAAAUUCGUAAAGAAAUAUUUCUAGAAAGUGAAAAUGAUACUUAUACUCAAACUCCAACUCCUAAGAUUAAUGAUCAAAAGAGAAAUGAAAAAAAUAGAUAUUUAAUUAAAGAUUGUGAUAGACCAGAAGACUUAAAUCAAUGCAUGCUUCUCUGCUAUGAUCUUGAGCAGUAUGAUCCAGAAGCAGUUAGACUACUGACAAAAAAGAAAUUAGAAGAUAGUUUAGAGGCCAGUUCAGGAUCUAAAACACAAACCCUUAAGAAAGAAGGAUUAGAAUUUAGAAAACAAGAAGUAUUAGAAAUAGCAGUUAAAAGAAAAGCUAUAGCUGUACAUUGUGCAAAAGUCCUCAAAUCUCAUUCAGAUAACAGAAGUGAUAUAUGA